AUGUCUACGAUUUUAUGUGAUUUAAAAAAUCUUAUUCUUCUCAUUUCGUUACAUUUUUGCUUGACAACGUCUGUGGAACAAUUCGAUAAUAAUUACCGCAAUUCUAGCGAUUUUGUGUCCGCGAGCGGACGUGUAUCGCCUGUCCACAGUGAUGAAUAUGUUGGUCGCCAGUUGCGGCAAUGUCGCGACACUCGUAACUUGUUGUCCUGCAUUAAAUACAAAGCAACGAAAAUUGUUUGGAAAUUCGCGGUAAAUGGCUUCGCCUUUUUCCCCCAUGAGCACGGGCGGGAAUUGCGUGAAGACAAACGUCGCAUACGUUUCAUACAAUUGGACGAGCCAUCGGAUAUCGCAGCCUUUUCAAAUGCACGCAGCCAACAAGACGAUAGCGAAUUGCUUGGUUUAAUAAAAUUUAUAAAGCGGGCAGCAGAGAUGUUUGGACAAAGACAUGGCUUUCAAUUUGCACUUUCCAGUGACAGUGGUCUACGCAUAACUGACACGGGGCUCAGUGAAGAAGGGCGUGGUCGUCACGAGAAAAAGAAACAUAAAUGGCUAGUGAUAUUGCCGUUGAUAAUACUAAUGAAGAUUGCGUAUCUGAAAAUGACAGUGGUCGGCUUAUUAGUGGGCGUUCUUGGCUUGAACGCGGUAAUAAUAGGCGGCGUGGGUUGGCUUAUACACUAUCUGAAGCAUAAAACGUUAUGCAAGAUUCAUCCGAAAUUUGUACAACAUCAUCUACAUACAUACGAUGGUGAUCCAACUGAAUAUUCUCAAUUUGUGGGUAGCAGUGCUCAUUAUAGCCCGUCUUCUGGUGGAACCCCUUACGAAAUUGGUAGCCAAAGCUACUCGAAGGAUUGGUCGAUGAGCAGAGCGUAUAAAGGCUAUAACAUGUUGGAUGGCGUAGGCAAGGACUUGAAAUAG